ACAGCACAUCCGUAAGUCAUGUUUCUGGUGAAUGAAACCAUUGCGGAGGGCGCCAUGUUGUUGCCGAUGGCGCGCACUGCCGGCGAAAUGCCGAACCUGUUGGGAUGGAAUCUACCGCCCGAGGAGCAGCAUCUGGUGCACGAUCACUGGAAGGGUUUUCCGGCACCACCGUACUACAUGCAUCUGAUGCUCGCCAUGAUCUACUUUGUGCUGAUGAACACUUCGCUCAUCGGCAAUGGUAUUGUGCUGUGGAUUUUUGGCACCUCGAAAUCACUUCGUAACGGUUCGAACAUGUUUAUCAUCAAUCUGGCCAUCUUCGAUCUGCUGAUGAUGUGCGAAAUGCCUAUGUUUUUGGUGAACUCGUUCUCGGAGCGAUUGGUCGGGUAUGGGCUCGGUUGCUCGAUAUACGCGGCCCUCGGGAGUAUGUCCGGUAUUGGUGGUGCCAUCUCGAAUGCCGUGAUCGCAUUCGAUCGCUACCGCACGAUCUCCAAUCCGCUGGACGGACGGCUCAGUCGCGUACAGGCCGGUCUGCUGAUCUGUCUCACCUGGCUGUGGACGAUGCCGUUCACGCUGUUGCCUCUGUUCGAGAUCUGGGGUCGCUACAUCCCGGAAGGAUACCUGACGACCUGUUCGUUCGACUAUCUGACCGACGAUCAGGACACGCGCGUGUUCGUUGGCUGCAUCUUCACCUGGGCGUACGUUAUUCCGAUGAUUUUCAUUUGCUACUUCUACGCCCGCCUCUUUGGUCACGUGCGUCAGCACGAGCUGAUGCUGAAGAAUCAGGCCCGCAAGAUGAACGUGGAGUCGCUCACGGCCAACCGCAACGACAAGGCACAAGCCGUCGAGAUGCGCAUUGCCAAGGCCGCCUUCACCAUCUUCUUCCUGUUCGUGUGUGCGUGGACACCGUACGCUAUCGUUACGAUGAUUGGCGCGUUCGGUGACAGGACGAUGCUAACGCCGUUCGUCACGAUGGUACCGGCAGUUUGCUGCAAGAUUGUGUCCUGUCUCGAUCCAUGGGUGUACGCGAUCAGCCAUCCGAAAUACCGCCAGGAGCUGGAACGCCGGCUACCGUGGAUGGGUAUCAAGGAGGCCGAUGACAAUGUCAGCACGACCGAAAGCAAAGCCACUGUCGUCGCCGACCAAGCCGCCGGUGGAGAUAAUGCCGCAAACUAAAAGGAAUUUUUG